GUAGUUAGUCUGUGAGUGUCCUCACUAAGGUAGCAUUAAAAGUGUGUGUGUUAGUGUGAUUCACUGCCAUUUAUAUACUUCUCACUCUGCUUCGUGUUAAGUUCUGGUGUUUCUUUGAAAGUGAACGACUGCAGGGUGAUAAUAAUGUUUUUACUCAAACCCUUCAUGUCAAUAAUCUCGAAUUAUGUGAGGAACCAUGAAUGAUUUUCUAUAUUUUUGCGAAAUGUGUUCAUUUCGAAAAUAUAGUGGGAGGGGCUUAUAAUCAUGUGUUUGAGCAUCGCAGCCCUCCUGCUCCACACCACCGCCGCCCUGACGUCACUGCCAGGAGCUGUCCACGCGGCGGUGGUGCUGAAGCUGAACAAGAUGGCUGUGUGAUGAGGAGCGGAGAGCCCAGAGAGGAGGCGGCAGAGGGGAAGUGUCUCACAUUUGGACAGACACACCAUUAACCAGGAGGAGAUAGAGACUUAGGUUUUCUCCACCCUCAAAGUGUCAAGACUUAUUUCUGAGCAGCGUGACGAGCCUUGCCAGGCCCCGUCCCCGGUCGACGACAGGCUUCUCCAUCUCCUUCCUACCAAGCUGCACAGCGAUUUCACAUUUAGCCCAGUUUAAAAAAAAAAGCGAAGUGAAGAAGCUGGACCCUGCACUAUAGGUGCAUAUAAGAGAUGUCAUUGCUGUGUGUUGGAGUGAAGAAAGGCAAGCUCGAUGGACCGCAAGAGAAAUUUAAUACAUACGUGACCCUGAAGGUGCAGAAUGUUAAGAGCACAACCAUUGCUGUGCGCGGCAGUCAGCCGUGCUGGGAGCAGGAUUUCAUGUUUGAAAUAAACCGCCUGGAUCUGGGCCUCACAGUGGAGGUCUGGAAUAAAGGGCUGAUCUGGGACACCAUGGUGGGCACCUUAUGGAUCCCCCUGCGUAACAUACGGCAGUCCAAUGAGGAGGGUCCUGGUCAGUGGCUGACCCUGGACUCUAAUGUGAUCAUGGCUGAAAAUGAAAUCUGUGGAACCAAAGACCCGACCUUUCACAGGCUGCUGCUUGACACCCGCUUUGAACUGCCACUAGACAUUCCAGAGGAAGAGGCCAGGUACUGGGCCAAGAAACUUGAACAACUUAAUGCCAUGAGAGAUCAAGAUUAUCAAGAGGAACAGGAACGACCACUACAAGCACCAUCCACACAGUGCUGUAAUUGGAGUCUGUGGGGAGAUCAACAGAACGAGGACCCAGACAGUGCUGUCGACGACAGGGACAGCGAUUACCGCAGUGAGACCAGUAACAGCAUCCCACCUCCAUUCUACACCACCUCUCAACCUAACGCUUCCAUGCACCAGUACCCCAUGAGACACCAGCACUACAGCCACUCCUACGAUGACGAAAUCCACGAGCUGAACUAUGACCACGGAGCCAUAAGACACUAUGAUAGUUUAGACUCUGCCACCAACGGGCGCAGCGAUAUCGACUCAGGCUCAGGGUCAAGCCGGCGCACCAGUCGUCAGUAUUCACUAGACAGUAGGCAUUCACUGUCCGAUAGUCCCACAGAUAGUCGUUACGCCUCAUCGGGUGAGUUGAGUCGAGGCAGCUCUCAGCUCAGCGAAGAGUUUGUUCCCAAUGAUGGCGAGAGUUUGCGAGGGUCGGAGUUCUAUGAUGAAAACGACUCCUACCACUCCUGCCACUCCUCUGUCAGCUACGGCAAAGAGGAUUCCCCGGACUGGGAUGGUGAAGGCAUCUACAGUGACGAGGGAGGCUAUCUCAAAGAUGGAGGGGAGGAGGGGGCACUGUAUGACGAAGAGGAGGGAGAGAUGUAUGGGGAGGAAAAAGAGUACAACUACGAAGAUGAAGAGGAGAUGCCAUAUGAGGGAGAGGAAGAUAUGUAUCCACUUGACAGCACACUCGGUGAAUUCCAGGAACCGACCUACACACCCACAAGCACUGCCGACACCUUAAUGCCACCUUCCGACGGUCAGUCAUCCUCCAGGCCCCCUCUGGAGAAGCAGGCAUCAUUGCAUCAGCAACACCCUGCCCAUGAUCAGCUCCAGCCACCAAGCACUGCCCCUGGUCUAUCUACUGCCUCACAGGAUGACAUGUUACCCCCUUUCAGUUCAGACUCCACAAAGGCUCCCUUUGCACUGUUACAGCCAGAUAUGUCGACCACCGCUGCAUCCACCCCUUCAACCACAAUACCAGUCCCAGCUCCAGCCUUCAAGCACAUGGAGCCUGAGCGCAAAUCUGAGGCACCACUGGAGGAACCUCAACCCCCUGAGAAGCCUCCAGCAGCAGAGGGAGUUCCUCAGGCUCCUGAAGAGAAAACAAAGGAGCCUUUUGUCCCAAGCUUCCCAAGGAGAGAAAUAAUGGAGCCUGGUCCUGCCAGAGCCAAAGCUAACUGGCUUCGACUUUUCAGUCGAGUGCGGCUACAGCUGCAAGAGGCUCGAGGAGAAAGUGUUGGCAUUGCCUCUCUGCUUUUAUCAGCAGGAAUGGGCGGAGCUCUGUACAGCAUUGACAGCAUGCCAGACCUCAGGAAGAGGAAAGCUAUGCCCCUGGUCAGCGAUCUGUCUUUGGUUCAGAACUCCAGGAAGGCAGGCAUCACCUCGGCUCUGACUUCCAGCACCCUCCACAAUGAAGAACUGAAGAGUCAUGUCUACAAGAAGACCCUUCAGGCGCUCAUAUAUCCCAUCUCCUGCACCACUCCACAUAAUUUUGAGGUGUGGACAGCCACCACCCCCACUUAUUGCUACGAGUGUGAGGGACUGCUGUGGGGUAUCGCUCGCCAGGGCAUGCGCUGCACAGAGUGUGGAGUCAAAUGCCACGAAAAGUGCCAAGAUUUACUCAACGCUGACUGUCUGCAAAGGGCAGCAGAGAAAAGCUCCAAACACGGUGCGGAGGACCGAACCCAGAACAUCAUCAUGGUUCUCAAAGACCGCAUGAAGAUCCGCGAGAGGAACAAACCAGAGAUAUUUGAGCUCAUUCAGGAAGUGUUCACCGUCCCCAAGUCCACCCACGUCACCCAGAUGAAGCAGAUCAAACAGAGCGUGCUCGAUGGCACCUCUAAAUGGUCGGCCAAGAUCAGCAUCACAGUGUUGUGUGCCCAGGGUCUACAAGCUAAGGAUAAAACUGGUUCCAGUGAUCCUUAUGUCACUGUCCAGGUGGGAAAGACCAAAAAGAGGACAAAGACCAUCUAUGGCAACCUCAAUCCUGUCUGGGAGGAGACAUUUAAUUUUGAGUGUCACAACUCCUCAGAUCGCAUCAAGGUGAGAGUGUGGGAUGAGGAUGAUGACAUUAAGUCACGAGUGAAACAGAAGUUCAAGCGGGAGUCCGACGAUUUCCUCGGUCAAACCAUCAUCGAGGUCCGCACUCUGAGCGGAGAGAUGGACGUCUGGUACAAUCUCGACAAGCGUACAGACAAAUCAGCUGUAUCUGGAGCUAUCCGCAUGCACAUUAAUGUAGAGAUCAAAGGAGAGGAGACAGUCGCCCCAUAUCACGUUCAGUACACCUGUUUGCAUGAGAACCUCUUCCACUAUGUGACGGACAUCCAGAACAACGGUGUGGUAAAAAUCCCUGAUGCUAAAGGGGAUGACGCAUGGAAAGUGUACUUUGAGGAGACUCCGCAGGAGAUUGUAGAUGAGUUCGCCAUGCGUUACGGAGUGGAGUCCAUCUACCAGGCAAUGACCCACUUUGCCUGUCUGUCAUCGAAGUACAUGUGCCCAGGUGUGCCUGCAGUAAUGAGCACCCUGCUGGCUAACAUCAAUGCCUACUAUGCCCACACCACGCAGGCAACUAACAACGUCUCUGCCUCUGACCGCUUUGCUGCAUCCAACUUUGGGAAAGAGCGAUUUGUCAAACUUCUAGAUCAGCUGCACAACUCUCUGAGGAUCGACCUGUCCAUGUACCGAAAUAACUUUCCAGCCAGCAGUCCAGAGAGGCUGCAGGACCUGAAAUCCACAGUGGACCUCCUCACCAGCAUCACCUUCUUUAGGAUGAAGGUCCAAGAACUCCAGUCUCCACCCAGAGCCAGUCAGGUCGUGAAAGACUGCGUAAAAGCCUGUCUCAACUCCACCUACGAGUACAUCUUUAAUAACUGCCAUGAGCUGUACAGCCGCGAGUAUCAGACAGACCCGGCCAAGCAGGGGGCUGUGCCUCCAGAGGAGCAGGGACCAAGCAUCAAAAAUCUGGACUUCUGGUCCAAACUCAUCACACUCAUUGUUUCCAUUAUCGAGGAGGACAAGAACUCCUACACGCCCUGCCUAAACCAAUUUCCACAGGAGCUGAACGUGGGUAAAAUCAGUGCAGAAGUGAUGUGGAACCUGUUUGCUCAGGAUAUGAAAUAUGCAAUGGAGGAGCAUGAAAAAAAUCGUUUGUGCAAGAGUGCAGAUUACAUGAACCUGCACUUCAAGGUCAAGUGGCUGUACAAUGAGUACUGCAAAGACCUGCCGUUCUUCAAGAGCCGAGUACCUGAAUAUCCUGCGUGGUUCGAGCCAUUUGUCAUCCAGUGGCUGGAUGAAAAUGAGGAAGUGUCUCGAGACUUUCUGCACGGUGCUCUGGAAAGGGACAAAAAAGAUGGGUUCCAGGUCACAUCAGAACAUGCUUUGUUCUCCUGCUCUGUGGUGGAUGUGUUUUCCCAGCUCAACCAGAGCUUUGAGAUCAUACGGAAGCUCGAGUGUCCAGAUCCACAGAUUGUAGGACACUACAUGAAGCGUUUUGCUAAGACCAUCAGCAAUGUACUUCUGUCCUAUGCUGAUAUAAUCUCUAAAUUGUUUGCCAACUAUGUCUCCAUGGAGAAAGUGCCCUGCAUCCUGAUCAACAACAUCCAACAGUUGAGGGUUCAGCUUGAGAAAAUGUUUGAAGCGAUGGGUGGAAAAGAUUUGUGUGUAGAGGCCAGCGACAUUCUGAAAGACCUGCAGAUUAAGCUCAACAAUGUUAUGGAUGAUCUCAGCAGGGUCUUUGCUGUCAGUUUCCAGCCUCAUAUUGAGGAAAAUGUGAAGCAGAUGGGAGACAUCCUGGCUCAGGUGAAAGGAACUUCAAAUGUGGGAAAUGCCAGCAGUGUGGCGCAGGAUGCUGACAAUGUCCUGCAGCCCAUCAUGGAAUUUUUGGACAGCAACCUGACUUUGUUUGCUAAGAUCUGUGAGAAGACUGUGCUGAAACGUGUGCUGAAGGAGUUGUGGAAGCUGGUGAUGAACACCAUGGAGAAGACCAUCGUGUUGCCACCACUCACAGACCAAACGGGGAGGCUGAAGAGUGCUUCUCACAGUGAUGGAACUCAGCUCAUCUUUAACGCUGCUAAGGAGCUCGGGCAGCUGUCCAAGCUAAAGGAGCACAUGGUUCGUGAAGAAGCCAAAGCACUCUCACCUAAGCAGUGCGCUGUGAUAGAGCUGGCUCUUGACACCAUCAAGCAAUACUUCCAUGCUGGUGGUGUGGGUCUGAAGAAGACCUUCCUGGAGAAGAGCCCUGACCUCCAGUCUCUGCACUAUGCCCUGUCCCUCUACACGCAGGCCACGGACAAACUGAUUAAGACUUUUGUCCAGUCACAAAAUGCACAAGUGUUCGGCGGGAAGGGGGUGAGGUUCACCACUAGUGAGGAUGUUUACCCAGACAAGGGCUCUGGGGUGGACGAUGCUGUGGGAGAGGUUUCCAUCCACGUGGAGGUUUUUACUCACCCUAACACUGGAGAGCACAAGGUCACAGUGAAAGUUGUGGCUGCCAAUGACCUGAGGUGGCAGACGCAGGGGAUUUUCCGGCCCUUUGUGGAGGUUUAUAUCAUCGGCCCUCACCUCAGUGAUAAAAAGAGGAAGUACGCCACCAAGUCAAAAAACAACAGCUGGGCUCCUAAAUACAACGAAACCUUUACUUUCACCCUGAGCAACGAGGUGGGCCCUGAGUGCUAUGAGCUGCAGGUGUGUGUGAAGGACUACUGCUUCGCCCGAGAGGACCGCACCGUGGGCAUGGCAGUCCUGCAGCUCAAAGACGUGGCCUCCAAAGGCAGCGCCGCCUGCUGGCUGCCACUGGGUAAACGCAUCCACAUGGACGAAACGGGCCUCACCGUCCUGCGCAUCCUCUCCCAGCGCAACAACGACGACGUGGCCAAGGAGUUCGUCAAGCUCAAGUCCGACCAACGCUCUGCCGAGGAGGGCCGCAGCUAAGAGGCAAAACAGAUUUACAAAACAAACUGACAUGACAUGGCAAAAUCAGAUGUUGCCACCUACUGCCCUGGAGGUCUCCGAGCCUCUGCUAGUCACUGCCCCCAUGAUACAGUGUUGUAGAAGCACAGUCACAGUACAUACAGAAGGAAGACGUAGUGCUCAGCAAAGCAUCACUUUCAUUUUUAUCAAAAACAAACAAACACCAGUGUCUUUAUUGUUACAGAUUAUGAAGAACAGUACAUACUCUUAAAUAAUAUAUAUAUAUAUAUGUAUAUGUGUAUAUAUAUAUAUAUAUAUAUAUAUAUACAUAUAUAUACUUUUCUCUAUCUAUAGAGGCAAUUAAUGCCAUUCCAACCCUAUCCACCAACCCUUCCACUUCCUCUCCUCCCUUCCCUGGCCUGCAUCCACGUAAGUGCCAAAAGACAGACCUAAGCACAACAGGACCAACAGACCCAUUAACAUUAAUAACAAUAACUGCAUGGCCUCAAACAUUCAAGAUAUCAGGGUGGGGACCAUAUAUUAGGAACAAAGCACUUUUUAUUUAAAGUCAUUUUAAUAUUUUUUCUUCCAAAUUAUAUAUAUAAAAAAUGAUAGUCUAAUAUAUGAGGGAUGUACUGUACAGUAUGUCGUUAUACGGGAUUAUUCUGUGGACGUGUGGUAUCGUCCUUGUCCGUCUUUCUUUUCAUCAACCCUGUAACAGAGCGCACUGCCUGACACCCUCAAUGCCUUCUGUCUUGUUGACCCUCGUCCUGUUUGUCCGUCUCCCACACAGCGACUGAACUGAGAGACGAAUCUGAUGAGAACACGCCCUGAGACACUGUAGUUCAUCAGAGCGUAUGUGUGUGUGUGUGUGUGUGUAAGCGAGAGUGCGUGCGCACAUGUGUGGAGCUUGUAACGUGCGACUGUGUUUGUAAUAAUGUUGACCUCAUGUAGCCACCUGUGUUGCCUGUUACCUGCAAUUGCAUUCACUAUGCCAUCACAACAACGAGCAUCAGACACAGAGAGGGAGACGUGUUUAGUUUCCAAGUAUUUUCAUGUUACUGUAAACAUUCCUUGGCUUGACAGCAUAGAUUAUAUAUAAAAGUGGAAGCAGUCUUCUCCCCGUUUGAAAAGUGAAGCCCAUGAAGAAGAAGGGACGUCACAGAUUAUAUUGUACAGCCACCAGAGUCUCAGGAAACAUUUGCCUAAGGAGUUAAAUCACUAAUUACAGGUUUUCUUCAAUAGAACAUGAUGUUGUCAUUUAGAAGAAAAUAGACGGCACAUAUGGGUGGACACCAGUGUAAUUGACGGUUGGUUUCUGGUUGUAAAAGCUGCCAUGGCAAAUCUUGAAUUUCAAGGCUUCACAGCGGAGUAUUACAUUCAUUUUUAUAUACAGUCUGUGCGUGAGUCUGAGUGUGAGGGGCAGAUGAAGAAAAACUCACCUUGUUUUUUAUUUCUAUAAAAAGAAAACUGCACGUAAGGAGCUGGUAUAGGUACUGUUUUGCAAUAGCAACAUCCUGGGAAUUCGAAAAUCACACCGCCUUCACUCCACAGGGAGCACAAAUUGCUAAUUAUCUACUAUGAUCCAGCUACAGGUGGAGACAUCAGACCUCUACUCAAGGGCUGUAGACACAGACCACACCCAGGUCUGGCACUAACACCUCCAGCUUUAGUCUAAAUCACUGACAGAUCACUGUCAGAAGAAGCACCAGUGAUGUAGUGACUCUGACUCUGCCCUUCACUGGUUGGUUAUGAAAUGACAGAACGUACACAUCGUUUCAUGUGGAACUAAAUGUACUGAAAUGGCCACUUGACUGUCGAGCGUGUCACUGAAGGAACAAAAUGCACCCAAUAGAGGAAAUGAUGACGUUGGUGAUGAUCAGGGUAUUUUAGAUAAUAAUGAAUCAAUGACAGGGUGUUUUUCUUUAAUGUUUUUUUAUUAUUAUUCCUGUCCCGCGACGAGGGCGUCUCCUGCCCAAAGCACUUGAUCACUGCUGAAUAAUUUAAAACUCCCUCUGCUUUAAGGUUUAAGAACUGAACACUAUGCAUUUAAUCUAUCUCCAAAAAAAAAAAAAAAUCUAUGUAGAUGAGUCAUUUAUGACACAGUCUUGUAAUGUUUACAUUGUGGAUUAUUGUUCUAAUUAUAUCAGCGCAAGCUCGUUUGUCUGAUAUGUUGUAAAUGCUGUCUCUAUAGUAACAGGGCCAAACAUUACAGGUGUAGUGGAGCUGAUUAGAGACUCACAUUUGUUUGUACAGGGAAAAUAAUCAGGAACACAGAGAGAUUGGAUGGUGUUGUUUAUUUGGCCGACGUUUGUAGUUGGGAUGUAACAACCAAACUCACCAGACUAUGUGAAGGUUGCUGCUCUGUCGUACAAUUGAAUUUUGCUCUGGUUGAGUGGGCAGUUUUGUGUGUGUGUGUGUGUGUGUGUGAGAGAGAGAGAGAGAAAGGAGAUGAGUGGAUUGUCAAUAAUAACCAACAAUUCUGCAAAAAAGAAAAAAGGAUUGUGUUAGUAAAUACAACUAACUGAAUCUAGGAAGGUUGUGUUCCAGGUGUCUUACACAGGACAUCUGCUCUUUCUGUUACAUAACAGGUAAAUAAGUGUCACAUAGCUGGAAAUGCCAAGGGGAAAGAUUUUUAUUUAUUGCUGUUGACAAUGAUACUUUACUCGAGGAACUCGCUUUGCUAUUUGGGACUAAUCACAAGUGAAACAGGACUGCACACAGAAGUGGACGACAUGAUGUAAAAGCACAACAAAAAAGCACAGACACAAAAGAGACAGACGUGCAUGAUCUGUCCUGUCGUGUCCAGCUGUCCACACACAAACAAAUGCACAGUAAUGCCCGUCCUGUGACUUCCAGACAUGGUGCAUGAUAGGAACAAGUCAAAAAAAUAAUAAAGAAAAAAACACACACAUUAUAUAUAUACGUGUAUAUGUACAUAUACACGUAUAUAUAUAUAGUGCCAGCACGCAUUAUUUGAUGUUAACUGCCAAUUGUUGUCUCCUUUAUUUUGGUAUUUUCUUUAUUGUUUUCUAUUUUUCAAAUGGUUGUGAAUAUAUAAAUAUGUAUUACUGAUGAUGAUGAUGAUGAUGAUGUGCAGUGGUACAAAGUACUCGCAUGAGAAUUUUUUAUACACAAGAUGUUUCUAAUUUUUGUUUUCUUUUUUUAAUUCUGGUUGUUGAUUGAUUGAUUGGGACUGUGGUCCCGUUGUGUUUCUGCUUCCAGUAAAAAAAAUACAAAUAUCUUUGUAAAACUUA